AUGGACAGAAGAUUCGCUGUUUCCGAAAAUGAGGCACUAAUGUUGCCAAACCAUUUUAGUCUCCCUGUGGAAUGCGAGUCAUAUAUCCAAGCGAAAGAAGAAUUUUCAAAAUGCGAAAAUCACAUGGUUUGUACUUGUGAAAAUCUAAAGGCUCCUAGAGGAUGCAAGUGUCCACUAGGUUCUAUUAGGAACGAGCGUAAAGAGAUCACAAAUGUACUUCCCAUUAAAACCCCAUUCACGGAAAUAAGGUUAGAAGAAGGAAAUAUCAACGCCUAUACUCACCAACACGAAACCACUAUUGUUCUUGAGUCAAGCCUUAUGUUCAACAGCGCGCAUUACAUCAUAGAACAAUCUUGUGAUGUAACAUUUGAAGAAAUAAAAGGCUGCUAUAAUUGCCUUGAAAGAGCACAAGUUAAAGUCUCGUGCAUAACUCGCAUUAAUGCCUGGGCAACUGUCCAAUGCGAAUCUCAAGUGUUCUCCAUCGAAUGUGGACCAUCGAACAAAACUAAUGUAGUAUAUCUGGGGUUUAGUAACGCUCUGAUACAGCAAAAGUGUCAUACGUCUUGCAAUGGGCAUGAGAUCACAUUUGAUCUACAGGGAACACUUGUAUACCAUCCCAGAAGUAAGCGAAGUCAGGUUUAUUCCGAAGAAAAUAGUGAAGAAAACGCAAGCGAGUACUUUGGAAAUUUUGAUCUACCUGAUCUUCAGCCACUCUUGAAGGUUCUUAACGAACACUGGAAAUUGGCCCUUGCAACGUUAGGUACCAUGGCAAUAACAAUAGGGAUCACCUAUGUGCAACCAAUAGUAUAA